AUGCCUUCCGCCGAAGAAUCUACCAAUCUGGCAGUUGUGGCCGAAUACUUUGAGCAGUACUGGGGCAAGGGCAAUGUGGAGGUAGUGGACAAACUGUGCGCUGAGGAGUUUCUCAUCGACUACCCAAUGCAUGGUCCUCGAAAGGGCAAGCAAGCAGCCAAGGAAAUGUUGACAGAGUUCCGAGAGGCAUUCCCAGACCUCUCAUUCCACGCCUAUCAGUAUCCUCUAAUCGCCAGCGGACCGUACGUGGUCGGAAGAUGGAUCGGCGGUGGCCACCAUACCGGCGUCGCCUUCCAUGACCUUGCAGUCGGAGAACUCGCUGAACCGAAUACGGGCAAGAAGAUCUGGUUUUCGGGAACGACGAUCUUCACUCUGAGGGAUGGGAAGAUCGCCAAGGAGGUCGGCGAGGAAGGGGCUUUGACGGCGCUGCAGAAUCUUGGUCUCGUUCCGCAGCCGAACCCGGGUAAGGAGGUGAAGUUUGGAUGA